UGAGUUAACUUCCAUUCUUGUAUUAAAUAAUUUGAUGAAAAUUAUACUCCAUUGAGUCUUAGCUAGUAAGUUACAAAUAAAAUGAAAUGGUUUUGGGUUCUUGAUGCUGUUACUUUGAACCACUUUGCUUGUUGGUUUUGGCUUGAAGAUUACUGUACGAUGCUUCUUAAUAUUCCAUUUUCGAUUUGUACCUUAAACCUUUUACGAAUGAAUGUUCUUUUUUGCGAUAGAUUAACUCUGAAGCUUUUCUCUGAUACCGGGUUUUAGUUUUUGACCAUUUGAACUUGUUAGUACUUACUAUAUUGGUUCUGUACAGUUAUUUGAUUUUUCCUGCCUUCUGAUUCUGGAAAAUAUAUCCUGCUCUUUCUUCUUUGUAUAUACCUGCUCAUCUUCGCUGACCUGAACGUAGAGCCCUGUGACUCGACUGAUCAGAUAAUGAAAUUAGUAGAGAAAUUUUAAGUAACUCAUGAGUUUCUUAACAGGAUCAUCGAGCCAUUCGUGGCAUCCAAUCAUGACUACGGAUACUACUGUUCUAAGAUAUUGGUGGAACUGGAGGUUCUUGAUCAGUGCAAUAUUUAUAUUGUCUAGUAUGGUUCUAGCCGCAGUUCUUAUAUGGAAAUAUGAAGGCUGCAAAAAAUCCAGAAGGGGAAGAAGAGAAAAUCAGCGCGAAACAAUAGGAUCUCUAUAUGAGGAUGAAGCCUGGAGGACAUCUUUCAAAGUAAUUCAUCCCACUUGGCUUCUUGCUUACAGAGUUGUUGUUUUCGUUUUGCUUCUGUCCUUGAUAGUUACCAAUUUUGUUCUUGAUGGAGCUGGCAUACUUUACUUCUAUACUCAGUGGACAUUUUGUUUGGUCACAAUCUAUUUUGGGCUUGGAUCUUCACUCUCCAUUUAUGGAUGCUACAAAUACCGCAAUAGAGUUGGUGAGGAUGCAGCUGAUCGUGUGAGACAUGAAGAACAAGGUAGUACUUAUGUUGCUCCAACACUUGGCAAAAAUGCAGAUACAUCCAACUCAUCUAAAAGUUUCACUGACGAAGAAUGUCCCUCCCACCAAGGCGCUGGUCUAAUUGUUUAUAUCUUUCAAGUCAUUUAUCAGAUGUGUGGGGGCGCUGUGGUGCUCACUGAUGUGGUAUUUUGGCUCAUUCUGUAUCCAUUUCUAACAAGCAAAGAUUACAAACUGGACUUUAUGAUGGCCAGUAUGCACUCAUUCAAUCUUGUUUUCCUCCUUGGUGAGACAACUUUGAAUAGCUUGCGGUUUCCAUUGUUUCGAAUCUCAUAUUUUGUGCUAUGGACUGGAGUAUUCGUGAUUUUCCAAUGGAUAAUCCACGCUUGUAAAAACAUGUGGUGGCCUUAUCCAUUUCUCGACUUGUCAUCCUCAUAUGCACCCUUAUGGUAUCUUGGGGUUGGAGUGAUGCAUAUCCCAUGCUAUGGAAUCUUCGCUUUAAUUAUUUGGAUGAAGCAGUGUGGUUCUCAAGAUCAUUCCCGGAGUCUUUUCAGGGUGAGAGGUGACACGCUGUGUUCAUUGAAUCACAAGACUUCAUACUGUGCCACCAACCCGGCACAAUCAUUAGAUAUAAAAGAACCAUUAGUGAUAUCAUUUUUUGGCCUAGACAUAGGAGAAAAAUAAUUUGUUUAGGAUCCCUAUCAUUAUUAACUGUACAUGCAUGAUCAGUAUUCUUUGGAGGCUAUAGCAUCCCCAGUUACAGAUCAAUAUUCUUCGAAACAA